AUGCAAUCUACGCUUGAUAGCGAUGAACUUUAUCGGUUGGCAAGAGACACUAUCGAAUCUGCUCAGCUCUCAGCGAUAGAGCAUCUCCAAUUAGGACUUCUCCUGAUAAACGCCAUUUCAAAAGAUGAUACUGCGCGACUCAUCUUAAACGCCUCCCAGAAACCCGGGGAGAGUAUUGAAGAUAGCCUUAGGUCCAUUAAUCGAUCUUUCAAAUCUUUAGCCCAAAGAUUCUUGCCAAAUGACCUCGUGAUAUCUCCAGAGGUGCAUUCUGCUCUUCGCAAAAGGGACAAUUCCCGAUGUUGUGUAUCGGGCUCGGAAAAUUGCCUCCAAGCAACCUACAUUGUUCCGCCCUCAAUCCUAGAUGAUCCAGAUUUGCUCCCUGGAGGAGAAUUGCGACCCUAUCUUGAGGCAGUUAUAUCCCCUGAAACGUCCAGAAACCUCUUCUCUUUUAUAGAAUGCCGUAGCCAGGAAAACCAACUAAAAAAUCUAUGGCUUAUGUCUCAGCCUAUAAGUUCAGCUUUUCAAGAUGGGCGCAUCAGCGUGUCUAAAAUAUGCACCUCAUCCAAGAUCUACUGGAACAUCCGAAAACACUUUUAUGAGGACUCUGACAUUCCUGGGUUGCUGGACGAUCAAUUUUAUACCGAGCCAUCAUCACCAGACGAGACGGGUUUGCCAUUGCCGGAAGCUUUUUUACUCGACAUUCAAAAAACAUUCUCGUCUAUAAGAUACCUUCAAUUGCUUGAAGGUGAAAUCCAGCAAGGUUGGCCAGAGUCACAAAAAAGUAAACAAUGGCUUCAAAAAGCUAUAUUUUUUACCCUGCGAGGGUGUCUAAGUAUUCUCCCUGUAUUCUUGAAAUCUGCAGCCUACAAUUAUUAUAUAAAAGCAAUGGGUUAUGUAUCCCACUCUUCCGUCUCGUUGGUCACAUAUCUUCCGCUCGGCCUCUGCUUAAAAUUCGGUAAACGUGUUUCCAGAAACGAAGCCAAUACCCUUCGGCUCAUUGAGAAGCACACGAAAAUUCCAGCUCCCAAAUUCCUUGAUUUUGUUCAAGAAAAAAAUGGAGUAGGAUUUCUCUUGAUGACUACAGUCCCAGGCAUCCCAGCCGAGAAAGUAAUAUUUCGAAUGACAUAUGAAGAACGGGAACAGCUUGCAAGGGACGUUGGAAAAUGUGUCUCUCAAUACCGUCGUAUCAAGAACUGCAACAAAAACCUUAUAUGCGACACCUUGGGUGGCCCAGUUACAGAUCAUAGGACGGAUGAUGUCCCAUCUGGGCCCUAUAUGUCAAAGGCUGCUUUUUUAAACCAGCUCACUGAAGGACUUGACGAGCUCAGGAAAAAGCCGCCGCUUUCUUUGCUCUAUGAUAAGGAGCAUGAGAUUUGUUUCACACACUCUGACUUACACCUUUCAAACCUUCUUCUUGAGAAUGGCAAGCUCUCAGGUAUUGUUGACUGGGAAAACGCAGGCUUUAAACCUGAGUACUGGGACUACACAAAGGUCGUGUGGGGCUUUAUGAGCAACGAGAGAUUUGCUCGUCAAAUGCGCCUCGCAUUUGACAAGAACUAUGAAGAUGAAUUGGAGGCAGAGAGGUUGCUCUGGAGGUUAAAACCUGUGUAUUAA